CCGGAAUCUGACGCAUUAUAAUGUCAAACUCCGGAGACAAUCAGUCUUGGCCACCGCGGUGCCACCUUCCAUUAAGAACUCAAUGCCUCCGGAGAAGGAGGAGGUGUUCAAGUCGCUGAGCGGGUGGGCGGAGGAAACGAUCCUUCCGCUGCUUCAACCGGUGGAGAAAAGUUGGCAGCCGCAAGAUUUCUUGCCGGACUCCUCCAAGUCGUCCGAUUCAUUCGUCGAGCAGGUGAGGAAGCUACGUGAUCGAAUGUCAGAGUUGCCCGACGAGUAUUUGGUGGUGAUGGUGGGUGACAUGAUCACCGAAGAAGCCCUGCCUACGUACCAGUCUAUGUUAAACCGGCAUAAUGGGAUUAAGGACCAGACCGGAGCAAGCCUGGACCCUUGGGCUGUCUGGAUCCGUGGUUGGACCGCAGAAGAGAACCGGCACGGCAAUCUGCUUAGAACAUAUCUGAACCUUUCUGGACGCGUCAAUAUGCCUAUGAUCGAGCGCACAAUCCAUCACCUUAUUGCAGAUGGCAUGGACACAAGAUCAGAGAACAAUCCAUACUUGUUCUUUGUCUACGCGUCCUUCCAGGAGCGGGCAACGUUCAUAUCGCAUGGCAACACGGGCCGGUUGGCGAAGGAGUAUGGAGACCCUGUAUUGGCACGCAUCUGCGGUACGAUCGCAUCAGACGAGAAGCGGCAUGAGAAGGCAUAUUUAAAGAUGGUAGAGAAGCUACUAGAGGUGGACCCCUCUGAUGCCGUUCUAGGGAUCGCGAACAUGUUGCGCAAGAAGAUCACCAUGCCUGCCUAUUUGAUGUACGAUGGUCAAGACCCGUGUCUCUUUGACCACUUCAGUGCCGUUGCACAGAGGAUUGGUGUAUACACAGUCAAAGACUACGCAGACAUAAUAGAUUUUCUGGUUGAGCAGUGGAAGCUAGAGAAACUAGAGGGCUUAAACAGUGCGGCCUGUCAAGCCCAAGAUUUCGUCUGUAGGUUGGCACCCAGGGUCCGAAAGUUACACGAAAUAACUCAACAACGUUCCCAUAAGAUGGAGCCACAGACCUUGCGCUUCAGUUGGAUCUUCAAUAAGGAGGUUACUAUUUAGACUACAAACUUACUAUAUAUAUAUAUAAUUAAAUGGGCUAUUUUUAGACUUUGGAGUGGUGUUUUUCUAGUGUUUUGGGUCAGAGGGGUUUAUGGUGGGAAGUCCCUCCAUUGCAGAUUUUUUUUUUUUAUUUACCGACGACAGGUAUCUAGGCCUUCGGCCUAUCAAUCUCAAUCUCAAUCUCCAUUGUAGAUGUUUUCAUGGUUUGUUUGAUUAAUAAAAUUUCACCUAUAAAGCAAUGUCUUUAUGGUUAGACGAAAACAAA